AUGAGUGCCUCCAAGGCGCAGUCUCAAAAGAUCUUUGAGAAACUGAAACUCAAGCCCGCAAACAAAGUAUGCUUCGACUGCAACUCCAAGAAUCCGACAUGGUCAUCAGUUCCCUUUGGCAUCUACCUUUGCCUUGAUUGCUCGUCCAACCACCGCAAUCUAGGUGUCCACAUUUCUUUUGUCCGAUCUACAAACCUCGACCAGUGGCAAUGGGAGCAACUGCGGGUGAUGAAGGUCGGUGGAAAUGAAUCUGCGACCAAAUACUUCCAGUCACAUGGAGGCUCUGCCGCGCUGGCUAGCAAAGAUUCCAAAGUCAAGUACACGUCCAAUGCAGCUGUCAAGUAUAAGGAAGAGCUUAAGCGCCGGGCGGCCGCCGACGCACAGCAGUAUCCGGAAGAAGUCAUCAUCACCGAUAUUCCCGCCGGUAUCCCUUCAGAUGGCUCGAACACUCCAGCUGGCGAAGAUGACGAUUUCUUUUCCUCGUGGGACAAGCCGUCGAUCAAGCGUCCCAGCAACCCACCUUCCCGCACGGGUACGCCACCCAUCGUUAGUCGAACCGGAUCUCCCUUCUUGAACGCUGGCGCAAAUGGAAACGCUCGCUCAAAGUCUCCCUUAGCUGCGUCAGAGGCCAAAACCUCAUCUCCUGCCCCGACUGCUAUCCGCCCGAGCUCUGCAACUCGUAUCACCUCCAACACUGCUGCGAAGAAGGGUAGUAUUUUGGGAGCUAAGAAGGCGAAACUUGGAGCUAAGAAGGUUGUGGCUGGAGAAAUCGAUUUCGAUGAGGUCGAGCGUAAGGCGAAAGAGGAGGCAGAGCGCAUCGAGAAGCUCGGAUACGACCCUGAGGCUGAAAAGGCCGAAGCUGAGUCCAAGGCUCGCGCUUCUACUGCCUCUGCUACGCCUAUUUCUGCCCCUACUCCUAUCAACCCGAAAGCCCACGAGCGAAAUUCGAGCGAUGUGGAGCGUUUGGGUAUGGGUAUGAGUAGACUCGGGUUCGGUCAAGUGUCUAAGCCUCCGGCUCCCAAGAAGCUAGGCUUUGGUGCUGUUGGUUCGAAGGCACCUCUCAAUGAAGAAGAAUUAGCCGAAACCAGGGGACGCUUCGGCACUCAAAAGGGAAUUUCCUCAGACGAGUUCUUUGGACGUGAACGAUAUAACCCUAAUGUCCAGGCCGAAGCUAAGCAGCGGCUUACAGAAUUUGAUGGUGCUACCUCUAUCUCUAGCAAUGCCUACUUCGGCCGGCCCGAGGAUGAGCUGGCUGCGAUUGAUGAUGGGUACGGAGACUUGGAGACUGCGGCCAAGGACUUCGUUCGUCGCUUUGGAAUUACGGCUGGAGAUGAUAUUGAGAACCUGUCGCAUCUCGUUGGAGAGGGAGCGACAAAGCUACAAGGUGCUAUUCGCAACUACCUCAACUCUUGA